AUGAAAGCUUACUUGUAUUUUGUUCUUGGAUUUUUAGUGAUUGCAGCUGCAACAAUCUAUAACGACUUAAUGCCACCAACUUACGAGUAUUAUGAAUACUACAUUUUUAGAGAUCACCUUCCAGUUGGAAAAGAUAAAAAGUUAACCGUUUUUGGAGCUACAGGAAAUAUUGGUCAUGCUGUAGUUAAAAAUGCUCUCGCUUAUGGAUUUAAUGUUACUGCUUAUGCAAAAAAUUCAUCAAAAACUUUCAGGAAAAACAGUCACCUUCAUGUUGUUUAUGGCGAUUAUGUUAAUAUAGACCAAAUGAAGAAGGCUAUUGAAGGAUCUGUAGCCGUUAUAUCUUGCAUUGGACCAGAAUAUUCAAAGACCGCAACUCACAAUGUUUCUAUCGCCCAUAAAAACAUUAUUAAGGCAGUCGAACAGACGAACGUUACCAGAUUCAUUACAAUCUCAACGCCUGCAUACAAAUACAAAGAAGAUAAAAUGAAUUUUUAUAUCAACCUCUAUGAUCUGUAUGCAACGAAGCUAUAUCCAGAAGCAUAUAAGGAGCAUAUCAGAAUGGCUAAAGAUACAGAAGAAUCCUCUUUGAACUGGACAGUAGUUCGAUAUAUGAAACCAACUGAUGAUCCAGCUUAUGGCCGCAUCCUUAUUAACCAUGGUGAAAAUAAGACCAAUCCAUUUGUUAGUAGAGAGGAUAUUAGCUCGUUUAUUCUCUCUAAUAUUAAUGAAAAUUUGUUUGCUCAUGAUAUGCCAAUUAUUGGUAGAUAA